AUGGCUUUCUUCACUAAUAUCACCAUCCCUCUGGUUCUGGCUUGUAUCUCCCAUCAGCUGAUGAUGGGCAGCUGUCAGAAGGGUCAUGGACGAAGGGGACGAGGGGUGGACAGAGGACAACGCAAGGACAGGUCGGGCCGCCGACCCAAAUCUGUCUCGGCGCGGCCCAUUAAGGGAAAAGUGCUCACCGAAGACAAGUCUGAGUGUACCUGGGCUACGACAGGUGAGGAUCUCUUCAUCCUCAAUGUCACUUGCAAGAAGGGGGACAGGAGCUUUAGCUGUCCAUAUGCUGCCAAGCCAUCCCUCUGUCCCCAGUAUGCCCCUAAUGUCAAACUUUACUGGAAGCAAAUCGCCAGGGCCAAGGAGAGUGGCACGGAUUCCUCUGUGUGCAAAAGAGCUGCCAGUGACGCUCAUUUCAGUCUCCCUAAUGCACGGAGGAAGACCGCCCUGCCCCGGUCCCCCACUCCACCCCCUGCAGCCAGAGCUGUCAAAUCCUGUCUAGAUGGCAACAGGAGGCUGGCAGAGGAGCACUGUAACGACUCCUGGUCGAGCUUUGGCGUGUUCUUUUUUACUGUGGUGCAGGAUUAUGAGGGCUGA